AUGGAAUCAGCAUCAACAUCAUCGUCAACAUCAAUAAUAACACCAGAAGAUGUGUUAGAAUCACUAAUGAAUGAUGGUACCAUUGAUGCUCUUAGAUUGAAGAUCAUUAACCAGCUCAAAGCCAAUGAAGAAUUAAAGAAUACUACUAUUAGAAUGGCCGAGCAGAGCAAGGUUUUGAACACUCCUGGAGCAGAGAAACAGACCAAAAGAGAGUUAUUUGAUGCACUUCGACAAGAACUUGAAGCUCCGGUACUUGAGAAGGCUUCUAGAUCUGUGUGGGAAUUGAUUUUAGACAGCGAUGGGUUGGGGAAGGAAAUAAGUGAAACAGUUGAAAGAGUGUAUUGUCGAUUAAGCGGCCAGGAAGCUCCAUUGUUUCCACUACCAAACGCUGACAUCCAGCCAAAUAAAGGAAAUGAAAACAAGGGAAGGGAAGAAAAGGAAGAGGAAAGUGAAGGUCAAAAGGAAAGAUCAAGCUCAAAUUCCAAAAAGAGGAGUCAUAGUGAGAUGGUUAUGGAGGCAGCAGCAAACGAAGUUGCAAGCCAGACAGCAAAUGAAGUUGCAGGCAAAUAUGUUGAUCCUCAACUGGCACCAGAAGGCUCCAAUAAAUCCCCUCCAUCAAUGUCGAAGACUUGA